CUUUGAAAGCAAAACAGCAGGUGGAGAGCUAAAACCAGACAGCUCAGGACACAUCAGGGGAAAUUCAACACAGAGGAAAAUGAAAGUAUACGUUUUGUGGAGCUGAAGAGGGACUGCAGCUAUAAUGAGGCCCAACGCUGGUUGUCUGGCUGACAUUUAAGUGUGGUAGUGCACACGAGGGCAGUGUUUGUUUGCGAGGCAGUAGCGAGGUAAGGCAUCAGACUAAUGGAGGGAGAGGAGACGGCCAGGGCAGCCAAGGCGAGGCCGAGCCGUCUGACUGCCCUUCAGGAGCAGCUGAUCUGGGCCCUGCUGGGAUCUGGACUGUCCCGGGAAGUACUCGUCCAAGCCCUGGGGGAACUGGAACAAGACAGGGUGACCGCUGGCGUCGAGAAGGGAGAGAGGGGGGAUGGAGAGAGCUCCGAGGAAGGAGAAAUGGAUUUCCCACCGCCUAUAUUCCGAGAGCUGGAGAAGCUCACCCCAGAGGAGGCAGCCAAACUGAGGGCUGAAGUUGACCGGCUGCUGCAGGAGGAUCCCUGGCAUGUUGCAAAAAUGGUGAAAAGCUACAUGCAACAGCACAACCUCCCUCAGAGAGAGGUGGUGGAGUCCACGGGACUCAACCAGUCCCACCUCUCUCAGCACCUCAACAAAGGCACACCCAUGAAGAACCAGAAGAGAGCUGCUCUGUACAGCUGGUACGUCAAGAAGCAGUGCGAGAUCAGCCAGCAGUUUACCAAUGCCAAACACGGGCUUGCAACAGUGGAGGAACAGGGAGAAGAUACUAGGAAAGGACGGAGGAACAGGUUCAAGUGGGGUCCAGCAUCCCUGCAGAUCCUUUUCCAUGCCUACGAACGACAGAAGAACCCCAGCAAGGAGGAGAGAGAGGGGUUGGUGGAGGAAUGUAACAGGGCAGAGUGUCUGCAGAGGGGAGUGUCCCCCUCUCAGCUUGCUGGACUGGGCUCCAACCUGGUUACUGAAGUUCGGGUGUACAACUGGUUCGCCAACCGCCGCAAAGAGGAGGCCUUCCGUCACAAACUGGCCCAUGAUACACCUUACACCAACCAAUCUGCCUCAUCUUCUCACCUCAACCUUCAACCAAGUCCUGAACAUGGUGUGAAACACAGCCAGCAAAUCCUGUGUGACACUGUGAGCUCAGCCAGAGGCAGUGGAGGAGAGAGAGUGGGACGUCUUGUGGUUAGCCCUGUCCAGCUUGAGCCCAGCCACACACUCCUCGAGACCCAUAACCCAAAGCCGGUGUCCAGUGGUGGCCCACUGCCCCCAGUAAGCACUCUGACCUCCCUACACAGUCUGUCUGCCUCCCCUGCAUCCUCACAGGGCCUCAUCAUGGCCUCACUGCCCAGCGUCAUGGGUCUGGGAGAGUCAUCGCUUCUCAUUGGUUUAGCCUCCACGCAGCCUCAGACUGUACCUGUCAUAAACAACGUCGGAGGCGGUUUCACAACUCUCCAGCCAAUCUCAUUCCAGCAGCAGCUUCACGCCUCUCCACAGCAGCCAAUAUCACAGCAGCUUCAGAGUCACAUGGGUGCCAGUCCGUUCAUGGCAACCAUGGCACAGCUGCCAUGUCACAUGUACAACAAGUCAGAUUCGCCCCAGUACCAUUCGUCCAGUCUGUUGUCACAAGCCAUGGUCAUCACUGACAGCAGCAGCCUGGGGACUCUGACCAGCCUCACUGCUGUCAGACAGAUUCUAACAGCAGAUUCUGAGGAACAGGCGGACCCACCUUUACAGGAAGAGUCUCUGCACCUGCAGCCACAAACACCUGUGCCAGCAUCCUCUGAGAGUUUGGAGCUAUAUCCUGCCUCUCAGUCAACAGACAGCCAUCAGUCUCACCUCCUCUCACCUUCACCAACAGACAUCAGUUCCUACAUUCCUACACAAAUGGUCUCUACUGCACAGUAGAAGUGCUUUGUCUCCUCACUAUCAGCUAGACUUUGUCUGACUGGGGUUUUGUGGUGUACAGCUUCCUCUGCUGCAGGUUUCCAGAGACACCUGGGGUCAGGAACCACAGAGACGACUCAGCUUUGAUGUCUCAAAGACUCUCUGACUCAAACAUAAUUAUAAUAUGAACAAGGAUUCACAUUAGAGAAGAUUUGAUACAAGAGAAUCAACUGAAAAUCAACACCAACAUGUAUUUUUUUAUUCAAAGGUUUUGUAAUAUUCAGAAAUUGUAAAUGCUGUUGAAACUUUUAAACUGCAUGUUACCUACGUUAUUUUUUAACUCACUGCCUUGAAAUGCUUAUUUCACAUCUUAAAGAGUCUCUUACAUGACAUAGUAAAGGCUAUUUCAGGAAUAUGGCAAGGGUAUUGAAAGAUUUUUAAUAAAAAAUGGCUUCCAAAAACA